AUGGCUGGGCUGAUCAAGAAACAGAUUCUGAAACAUCUCUCCAGGUUUGCCAAGAAUCUGUCUCCAGACAAGAUCAACCUGAGCACGCUGAAGGGUGAGGGCCAGUUGACCAACUUGGAGCUGGACGAGGAGGUCCUGCAGAGCCUCCUGGACCUGCCCACCUGGCUCGCCAUCAGCCACGUGGGCUGCAACAAGGCCACCAUCAGGAUACCAUGGACCAAGUUAAAGACGCACCCUAUUUGUUUGACUUUGGAUAAAGUGGUGAUGGAGAUGAGCACUUGUGAUGAGCCUCGAGCCCCCAAUGGACCGUCCCCCCUAGCCACUGCAUCAGGUCAAAGUGAAUAUGGCUUUGCUGAGAAGGUGGUGGAGGGCAUGACGUUGUCUAUUAAUUCCAUCGUGAUCAGGAUCAGUGCAAAGGCCUUCAACGCCUCCUUUGAGCUCUCCCAGCUUCAGGUUUACAGCGUCAACCCCAGCUGGAGCAUCAGUGAUCUGCGUUACACCCGCAUCCAGGACCCUCAGAGGGGAGAGAUCUUGAGCUUUAAAGAGAUCAGCUGGCAAAUGAUCCGGAUUGAGGCGGACGCCAUCCAAAGUGCUGAACAUGAGAUGAUAAGUGCUCCCAUUCGCCUCAUCACCAACCAAUCCAAGAUCAGAGUCACACUCAAGAGAAGGAUGAAAGAUUGUAAUGUGGUAGCCUCCAAGCUGAUUCUUAUCCUGGAUGACUUGUUGUGGGUGCUGACAGAUUCCCAGCUCAAAGCUAUGGUGCAAUAUGCCAAGUCUCUGAGUGAAGCCAUGGAAAAGUCAAAUCAGCAGAGGAAGAGCAUGGCCACUGAAGACCAGGUGUCAUCCUCCACACCUCCGUCCACCCAGCAGGUGCGUACGCAGCAGACUUCGGCUGCAGCGGACCAGAGUGCAAAUAUGGCAAAGCUCUUCAGUGACUUUGAUGUGUGUGAGACAUCACACCAUCUUCAGAUCAAGCACUUGGACCUGCACAUCUGUGAUGACAUCCAUACCAAGGACAAGGCAAUUAACAAGCGUGUUGCAGGUGGAGCUAUGCAGUUGUCCUUUAGUUCCAUUACUCUAGACUAUUAUCCUUUCCACAAAGCGGGUGGCAGUUGUCUUCAUUGGAUGCACUACGGAGAGGCUACUAAAGCCAGAGAGAGCUGGGCCCGAAGCCUUCUGGAGGAAUUUAGGUCAAAUGUGGAGAUGCUGAAGAGUGCUGUUAAAGACAAAAAGUCCUCUGCACACAGUUCACCGCUUCAAGUGUCCUCAGUGUCCCUUAGGGACGAUGUGUAUGGGCCCCUAGAAGGUCAGGAGAGUGCAGAUGAAGCAGUAGGGCUUAGGGAGGCAGAAGGAGUCGUAGAGUGGGGCCUCCAAGCACAGCCUCCGGCCCAGUGCUGUUGGUGCCUAGAGCCAGGUAAAAUCAACACCAGCUCUUCUUUCAGCCCACCUCCUCACCAAGCUCCCAAGACUCAGCUCAUGUCGAGUUCAAUAGUUCUCAGAAUGGCCGACUUCAGCAUUUACCAGGUUUCAACAGCAGACCAGCGCCGCUCUAGCCCCAAGGCUAUGAUAUCUUGCAAUAAAAAGUCUUUAUACCUCCCAACGGAGAUGCCUGCCAUUCAUGUGGAGUUUACAGAGUAUUACUUUCCUGAUGGAAAAGACUAUCCCAUCCCAUGUGCAAACCUGUUUGCCCAGCUGAAUGCCCUGCAGUUGGUCCUGGAUCCCCGCAGUCUUGUGUGGCUCAACUUUUUUGCCCUUGACCUCCGGCAAAGUCUGGAGCAGUUCAUGGAGAUCUAUAAGCUCAAUGACUCACAGAAGCCAGAUGAACAUGUUGACAUCAAAGUGGAUGGCCUCAUGCUCAAGCUUGUGAUUCCCACAGAGAAAGACCCUUCAUGCCCUGCCGAUCUCCCUCACUCUAUUUCGGUGCAGACCUCUGAAAUGGUGGCUACAAACACAAGGCAACCGACCAAUUGUUCCCGCUCUUGUCUUGAAGCCCUUCUCCAUGCUUUUCAAGAGCAGGACUUCUUUUCCCCCUCUAUUUUAUCCUUCCCUCGCUCCCCUAGUUCACUGCCUCUCCUUCACCCAGUCUUCUACCGCCACGCCCAUGAACAAGAUACAAGACUUCAUGACAUCCACAAAGGGCUCGUGGUGCCAACAAUUGCCACAGACUCUCUAAAGAUGGCUGCUGCCAGUGACUUCUGGGCGCUGCACUUUGCUCAGUUUUGGGUGGACUAUGAGGGCAAAGGCCGACCUCAGCCUUUUGUGGACUCUUUCCCUCUAACGUUUUGGGCUUGUCAACCUGCAAAGAUUGUCCAGCACAAUCACAAGCAUAAAGAGACUGGGGCAGGACUAUCCAGGAGCACAUCUGCAGACAGCGACAGCCGUUUGCAGAGGAAGCGUUUACUUAAAGAAUUUUAUAGUAAUGGUGGGGCUCCAGCUCCAUCACCAAGUGCAUCACUACCUCCUACUAAUGGACUUCAUAAACCCCUCUCACUGGAAAGCCUGUCCACAUCAAGUACAGAUGCAAAUUUGCAUGUUUUGGUGCAUGUACACAAACCUUUAAGUGCUCAGGUGAGCCAUCGGCAAUAUGUGUUCCUCAUGCAACUUCAGCGUAGUAUCAAAGCUCUACAGCAGACUUUACAACAAGAUCUGGAGAAGAUGAGCUCAAAAAAGGACCACAGUGAUGACUUGCAGGCGACAGAGCAGCAGCCCUUCACCGCCUGUCUGGGUCUUUUGCUCCAAAGUGCAGAGGUGUCUCUACUGUUGAAACCUGUUCCCCGUCCUGAAAGUUCUCCUUUGGCUUCUGAAGUGUCUCCGUCUGAGAGCAAAGGGACUCUGGACCCAGCCCGUGAACCAGCAGAUGGGGCUGACAAGGGGGCGGAGGAGACAGGUGGCCGGUUAGAGGGUGGAACAGCCAAAAGCUCCUGCACUGUCGACCAGCUGUUAUGUGGAGGGAUUUUAGAGGAGGAAGUUACUCCUGGUAGGACUCCCCUCAUACCAACAUCAUCCUCAACAAGUUCAGACACAAACCACAAAGUCUCAGUGGAUGAGAGAACAUCAACUAAGAACACUGGAAAGAGGGCUUCGGAGGGGGAGCUCAAACCGAUGGGAGAUGGUGAAUUGGCCUCUGGAAUACACAAAGCUCAGAACUGUGAUCCUCUGUGCGAACCCUCCGACGACAAAAUGAGUGCAGGGAAAAUGCCACAAUCUGUAUCAAGGAAAGGAAGUUUGUCUGUGGUUUCUGACCUCCUCAGCUCCUCAAACUCCAGCAGAUCCACCUCCCUUUAUUCCAUGUCCAACAUUGGUCGUUUGAUGCGGGAUCGCUCACAGUCAAGUUUUUCAGUAUCGUAUAAGAACAUGAAGAAAAGCCCCUCUCUUCAGUCUUUGGACAACAUUUCAAUAGACAGCUGCAUGGAAGAUGGUGACUCUUUCAGUCUGCUUGAAAGAGAUGAUGUGUCCAUCUCCGGCUUUAAGGAUGUUAUUGGAGAACAAAGCACUACAGAAAGAGCCAUGGUUAAUACUGCAGAAGUGGUGAUCGAUGAGGACGGGGGUGCUUCUCCAGACACCGUGAGCGCCACCUCACAAAGCACUGAUGAGCCCACCAAAGACUUGGUGUCCGUGCUGAUGCUGAAGGUUCAGUCGGUGUGCAUGUGCAUGGAGGCUGUCGGGGACAACACUGCUGCUGCUCUGGAGGUGGGCCAGGUCACGUCCAGUCAGCUCGGGAAUGUCAGCCUCAGGCAGUACCUCAGCAACCGCAGCCUGGCGAGUGGCGAUGUCAUCCUAGGGGGGCAAGGUCCCGAAGUUUGUGCUCGCCUGGAGUCUGGACCGUGUGCUGCAGCCCACUCAGAACUAGCCAGACGCAAUGGCUUCUUGACGCUGCGUCUCAAAGGUUACCACGCAAACUUCCUGAUGUCCACUCUGCGAAACAUGGCUCACUUUUUGGAAGAUUCCUCUGCUCCCCAAGUGCUGCCAAUGGAGAUCAGUGUUAUGGACACGCACAUCAACCUGAAGGAUGAUGACCCCUCCGAUGUACCGCCCAAUUCCGAGCCCACCCCUAUCACUCUCCACGUGGAUAGUCUCAUCAUACACAGAAAAGACGACGGCUCAUUCUCUAUAGGAGUGGACACAGCAGCACAAGAAAAAAACAAAGCGAAGCACCUUACCGACACCUGUCUAACCCCAGUCCCCGAGGCUGUAGGAAACAUCUGUGGCAUUUCAAAGACAACGCAGACCCCUGCCCCACCGAGCUGCCCCCAGCCCUCCAGCAAAGAAAAGAUGCUAAUUGAAGAAAAUGAGUGUCUCAAGGUGGAGCUAUCUCGAGCCAAGAUGGCGCUGGCGGAAGCUCAAAUGGAGAAGGACUCUCUUUUGCACAGACUCAAGAGUCUCAAAGUGAGCCCCAGCUAA